CGUAUUUGAGCAAGACAAUGGUUACUUUAAUCCAACAGAUUCUAGUGGUUCUAAUGCAACAUCAACAAGUGAUUCAAAUAGAAGUCGCAGCAUUAGUGAUUGUAAGGCUGCUUGUUUGGCAGAUUGUGACCGUCUUGGAUUCAUUUUUCUGUUUGCUACCUAAUCGGACUGGAUGUCGAUUUUGGAAUGGAAAGUUAAAGUUCAUUCCAGAAAAAGCAGCCUAUACAGCACAUAAGUGGAUAUGGAUUGGUGCUGCUGGUCUAUUGAUAAUGGUGCUUUGCAUCCUCUGCUAUCAAUUAAGAAGAGAUCCUGUUACUCCAGGGCCUCCAAAUGAUAGAUUUAUGGGAGAUGAUUUAAAAGUAUUUAGCUAUGAAUCUGUCAUGGCUGCUACAGACAAUUUCUCUGGAGAAAACAAGCUCGGAGAAGGGGGCUUUGGACCUGUUUAUAAGGGAUCAAUGCCGACAGGUCAAGAAAUAGCUGUAAAGACGCUUUCAAGUGGUUCAGUGCAAGGAGAAGUAGAGUUCAAGAAUGAACUGAUACUCAUAUCUGAACUCCAACAUAUUAAUCUUGUUCAGCUUUUUGGAUAUUGCAUUCAUGGUGAAGAGAGGAUGUUGAUAUACGAGUAUAUGGCAAACAAACUUACAAAAGUCUGGACUACAUUUUAUUUGAUUCAACCAGCCGCAUGCUUCUAGAUUGGAAGAAGCGUUUCAAUAUAAUUGAAUGAAUAGCCCAAGGAUUGCUCUACUUGCACAAAUACUCAAUAUCUAAAGUAAUUCACAGAGAUCUUAAAGCUAGUAACAUACUACUUGAUGAAAAUAUGUACCCCAAAAUUUCUGAUUUUGGUAUGGCAAAGGAUGUUCACGCGGCAUGAAAUUGAAGCAAUUACUAGACGGGUUGUUGGGCCAUAUGGUUACAUGUCUUCUAGCUGAGUAUGCUAUGCAGGGGUUUUUUUUCUGAAAAAUCAGAUGUCUUUAGUUUUGCAGUGUUGAUGCUCGAAAUCAUAAGUGGUAGGAAAAACAACAGCUUCCACACUGCUCAUCGUGCGCUCAAUUUAGUAGGAUAUGUAUGUCAUGCAAUUCUUAGUAUUACUUGUAUUGAUUUUGUUCUUUAUUUUCAUGUGAAAUGUAAAUAAAAUAAUUAUGUAUCCUAAAUGGAUACGAUCUUGUUUCAAGCAUGGGAGUUAUGGCAAGAAGGUGCAGGACUAGAAUUGACGGACGCAACUCUAAGUGAUUUAUGUGUACGUUGAAAAUCAACUAUUAAGAUGCAUCCAUGUUGGUCUACUAUGUGUCGAAGAGGAUCCAGAACUUCGGCCAACCAUGUUAGAUGCCAUAUCUAUGCUGACAAUUGAAAGCUUGCCUUUACCUAUACCAACAAGACCAGCAUCUUUUCCAGUAAGGAAUUCGGCUGGAGUAAAUAUAAGAGGAAAUGAAUCCGAAAAGAUUCCAAAAAAUGGCUUGUCCAACUCCCUUAUUGUAGGACGGUGAAGGCGCCUAAUGUGUUGUGGAAGAAGGUGACUAGCCAGCUAAUUUGCCCUGGUUGAGUUAGAUCAACUUGAGUUAGCUGAGGGAUUCUUUGUGCUUUGUGUUCUCUACGUAAAUCAAGUGGCAUACAUGUAUACAACAAUAUAUCUCCUCUGUAAUCUGUAUUAUACUUGUAACAUUAUGUAAUAGGUAAUUACGUGUAUACCAAGGGUUACUGUAAUAUAUGUCUAAUCUGGA